CCAAGCUUUUCCCAACGACUUCUGUGCCUUGGGGCCCAGGUUUCAACAGACCUCUUCAAGAUGCCGUCUCAGAUGGAGCAUGCCAUGGAAACCAUGAUGCUUACAUUUCACAGAUUUGCAGGGGACAAAGACUACUUAACAAAGGAAGACCUGAGAUUGCUCAUGGAAAGGGAGUUCCCUGGGUUCUUGGAAAAUCAAAAGGACCCCCUGGCUGUGGACAAAAUAAUGAAGGACCUGGACCAGUGCCGAGAUGGCAAAGUCGGCUUCCAGAGCUUUUUAUCAUUAGUUGCAGGGCUCAUCAUUGCAUGCAAUGACUAUUUUGUAGUACACAUGAAGCAGAAGGGAAAGAAGUAGGCCAAACAGAGCCCUGAUACUCCCUCCCUGAUGCAUGCUCUCCUACAGGGCCACUUGAGGACUCUGCCUCACUGCUUCUCAAGAGCAGAUCAGGACCCUUAGGAAAUGUGCAAAUAACAUCCAACUCCAAUUCGACAAGCAGAGAAAUAAAAGUUAAUUCCGUGACAGAGAAGCUUUUGAUUUUUAUAUUGU